AGUACAUUUGAUUUUAAAAUUAUCCUAUCCUCUAAUUUUAUCAAAAUAUCUAUUCAUAUCUAUCCAUAUUACUUUAUAAAAUUCCUAAUUCCUAAAUUCCCAAAUCAAACUCAGAAACCUUAAUUCCCAAAUUGAGGAACCCUAACCCUUGCUUCCCUUUGCCUCAGCCACACCCCACCCCUCCUUCACCCUCUUCAGCUAACACACUCACCCUUAAUCCCCAAGUCAGCGCUGUUACCCUCACCACAUGACACACACAGAGACUUACCUCUCUCACUCUCAGCCUCACCAACGAACUCACACUCAUUUCCUCACUAUACACACGCACGCACACAUAUGGAGAAGACAGGAAGAAAGAGUGCCAGCGAAGAAGAGGGAGGAGCAGCGCCGCCACCGCACUCCAUCACACCUAGCCGCGUCUUGCUCGCCGUCGUACCAUCCACCCACGCCGAGAAGGAAGAGAGAAACAGAGGAGGGUGGCGUUGCGUCUGCCGCGAGCUUGCCGCCAAAGAAAGCCGCCGUGCCGUCGUCAUCGUCAUCCUCAUCAUGACCUGUCACCGUCGCUGGAGCCAGCCGCCUUCGUCGCCGUUAAUUCUUGUCGUCGCCGUCGCCGCUGGUCUGCCUUGGAGCCGCCGUCGAGUAGAACGCGAGGAAGAGGAGUUCUCGUCACUAUUGUGCACCCAGUCAUCACUGCUGCUUCCCAUCCCGCCGUUGAUGCCGCCGCCACUGUCACAAUCACCACCCGAGCUACUGUUGGCUUGUUAUUUCUGUUUGUUGGGUUCAAGAUUGCUGCUGCUAUUCUUGCUUUGCUCAGCCUCUGCUUGUGAUUUCCGUGAGUUGCCGGAGCCUCUCCCGCCAUCAGAGCUUAUAUUUGGUUGAUGCCGCUGCUGGAGCUCCGUUGAAGUUGGUCAUUGUCGCUGAAGCCUCCCUAGUCGCCACUGCCGCUGCUAGAGUUGAUGUUGCUCUGGCUUUACUCUGAAUUGUUACUGCUGCUGCUUGGCUGAAGUUGAGACCUUUCACCAUCACUGGAGCUGCCCAGAAUCAUCAUGGUAGCUGCUAAGAGAGCAGAACGGAUGUUAGAACUACCAAUGGAGCUUUUGAGUUUAGUGAUUUCCGUGAGUUUCGACUUUGAGUGACACAGGUUCGAAGACUCCGUUUGAAGCUGCGGGAGAUUAUAGAAUUUACUUAUGAGUUAAGUUACUUCCAUAGAAGUUCCCUCGCUCUUAUUGCUUAACAUUUUUAUUUUAUACAGAGGGAUAGGAUAUGUAUGUGAGUUUUAUUUGAAAUCUUAUGUAUGACAUAUUAUUAUUAAUAAUUAUGUGAUUAUUAUUACUUGGUGAUGUUUGCUAUAUGAUUUUAAUUAUGAUAACAAGAUUUUCUGGUAUUUUUACUAAAACAAAAUCGCGAUAUCGAACUAAAGGCUCAAUAGUAAAUAGUUAAUAAAGGGAAGCAGGUUGGUAACACCUUACUUUCGGUACGAUCAUGACGUUCUGGAAGUUGGGUCGUUACAGGUGAUGGUGGUGGGAUGGUAAGAUAUGAUUGAGGAUGGUGGCAAUGAAAUGGUGGGAGGUUUAGACAUUGAGGAGGAUGAAGAAGCUAAAGAAGGAGU